CUGAUUAAUCAAGAAAGAGAUGAACAUGACACUGAAAUCCUCAAGGCCGUGGCACAAGCAUGGCACGGCCACUCUGCCAGCUCGAAACCGGCAAAACCUGCCUCGGAAUUCGAUGCUCGUCGCCAGUUCUUCAAGAAAAGGCCCUCCCGAUUCAAAACCGAGGCCUCUUUUUAUGGCGGGAAAAAAGAUUCUUGUGGGCCCACCGGAUGGGAUUUCGGUCAGUCUUUAUGGGACUCUUACGAAAUUGUGUCCGUUUCGAAGAAGCUUGAAACGGGCCUCGUGAUGGACGAGUACCCGUUUUCGGACGGGCCCGAAAAGGUGUUAUUCGGAAGAAGGGGAAAAGAAAGUAGAAAUAGCUUGAGGAGAUUGUUCAACAGGGUGUCUUCUUCUAGAAGGUUCACUGCAGAAGAUAUACCAACAGACUGA